AUGAAUUGCCCCUCCCGCACCGACGACACGCUCGAACAUCCCGGGUGGAAUCAGAACCCUCCCGCCCUGAAUGCAGACUUGACCACCCGCAACGAUUUCAACGGAAUCGCCAACUCAAAGGUGCACAGAAGACAUGCUUCAGGCGUGGGAGGCACUUCGGGGGAAGGGAUCGCAACCAUGCCAUCGCAACGACCUGAACAAGACGACAACGGAACCGAGAUUGAAAAGAAGACCCCAGGCGAAGUGGUCGCUGCGACCCCCGGGUGUGAAUCACCUGGGGACAACAGACCACCUCGCCGAUCUUUUACGACCUUUACGUCUUCACUUUUUGUUCGCAUGGCCCAAUCCAUUGUCAAGUUCUCCCGCUUCAUUGGCCCCGGUUUCCUGAUCGCCGUAGCCUACAUUGACCCCGGAAACUACUCGACUGAUAUCGCUGCCGGCGCCGAAUUCCGCUACGCUUUACUAUUCAUUGUUCUUCUAUCCAAUCUUUUUGCCAUUUUCUUGCAGUCAUUGUGUAUCAAGCUGGGUACCGUGACAGGACUGAACCUCGCCGAGAAUUGUCGAGAACAUCUACCCAAGUGGCUUGUCAUCAUUCUCUACAUAUUCUCCGAAUCUGCAAUAGUCGCGACCGAUAUCGCAGAAGUUGUGGGGUCCGCCAUCGCUCUCAAUUUGCUACUCAAGAUCCCUCUGGUCGCUGGAUGCGCCAUUACUCUCGCCGAUGUCCUGUUCAUUCUCAUCUUCUAUAGACCCAAUGGCGCGAUGUGGGGAUUACGCUUGUUUGAGCUCUUCGUCACGGCCUUGGUCCUUGGGGUGGUGAUCUGCUUCUGUAUUCAACUUUCCCUUAUCAAACACGAGUCGAUUGGGGACGUCUUUCGGGGAUACCUGCCAUCGUCUGCGAUAGUGCAAUCCAAAGGGUGA